AUGGUGUAUACAGAUCAAUUUAUGAUAACUGAUCAACUUGGUACCACAUGUAGAGCAAUUGCUGCUACUGAUGUAGAUACAGAAGAAGAUAGAGUUUGUAAGAUUUGCUACUCAUUGACUAAUCCAGUCAAUAUGAAGGAUGACCUGAUAUCGCCAUGUGACUGUAAAGGCAGCAUAGGAUUUGUGCAUGAAAUGUGCUUAAAGAUGUGGAGAUAUCGUGGAAAAAGAGUAAAAAACAUAAGGAAGUGCGAGCAGUGUUCUUCUUUAUAUAGGCUGAAUGGAGAGGUGACGCCCAGUGCAUCAGUUGUAUUUUUUAUUACUCUGGGCAUGUUCCUUGUUUCAUAUUUUAUAUCCACAGUUAUGCUAAAGUCUGUUAUGAACACAGCGAUUAUAACAAUGCGAGAUUUAUUUGACACUGAUCAUCAUGGAUUGAGCAAUCAAGUCCGAAAGAACCUUGAAGAUACGUUUUUUAAAAGACAUCCGGUGGUAAAUGAUCUUGCAAAUCAAAGAAGACUUGUAUAUGUAUUUGUUGUUGUUGUUGUGUACAAGAUAGCAUUUCGAACGAGCUUUCUGUCCAUAUUCAACUACAUGUUUACGUUUUGGCGGCUAAGCCAGUUUAACUUUAUAGUUGACAAAAUUCUGUUUUUUGCUGUAUCUGGAUAUUACAUAAAGAAAGUAUAUGACGAGAUGUACCAUAGGACAGAUACAUGGCUGUUUUUCUUGUUGAAUAUCAGGUGA